CUAGAAGUUGGGGACUUACAUCUGGGCCAACAUAGAUAGAGCAGGGUCUGAGAGGAAACCUAGGAGCUCAGGCUGCCCUUCAGCUGCUCCUGCCUCUUCUAAUCGCUCUUCCCCACAGGACCCUGCCCCACCACACUUCUCUCUCUCCUGACCGUCCUGAGCCUGGAUUGCAGUUUUGUAAGGCUUCUGAGCAGGUUGCCCCGUUGCUCGACAACAUGGAAGAGGCAGUUGAGUCACCUGAGGUUAAAGAAUUUGAAUACUUCUCCGACGCUGUAUUCAUUCCCAAAGACGGCAAUACUUUAUCUGUAGGCGUCAUUAAGAGAAUUGAGACUGCCGUGAAAGAAGGGGAGGUAGUGAAAGUGGUUUCUAUAGUUAAAGAGAUCAUACAGAACGUUUCCAGAAACAAAAUAAAGAUCGCUGUGACUGGGGACUCUGGCAAUGGCAUGUCAUCUUUCAUCAAUGCCCUUAGGCUCAUCGGACACGAAGAGAAAGAUUCAGCUCCCACUGGGGUGGUGAGAACCACCCAGAAACCAACCUGUUACUUUUCCUCCCACUUUCCCUAUGUGGAGCUGUGGGACCUGCCUGGCUUAGGGGCCACAGCCCAGAGUGUGGAGAGCUACCUGGAAGAGAUGCAGAUCAGCAUAUACGACCUUAUCAUCAUCGUAGCUUCUGAGCAGUUCAGCUUAAAUCAUGUGAAGCUGGCCAUAACCAUGCAGAGGAUGAGAAAGAGGUUCUAUGUCGUCUGGACCAAGCUGGACAGGGACCUCAGCACAAGUACCUUCCCUGAACCCCAGCUACUGCAGAGUAUCCAAAGGAAUAUCCGGGAUAGUCUUCAGAAGGAGAAAGUGAAGGAGCACCCCAUGUUCCUGGUAUCUGUCUUUAAGCCUGAAUCACAUGACUUCCCAAAGCUUAGGGAGACACUACAAAAAGACCUCCCUGUCAUCAAGUACCACGGCCUCGUCGAAACCCUUUACCAAGUCUGUGAGAAAACUGUUAAUGAGAGAGUAGAGUCCAUUAAAAAGAGUAUAGAUGAAGAUAACCUACACACAGAGUUUGGGAUCUCGGAUCCGGGUAACGCGAUAGAGAUUCGGAAAGCCUUCCAAAAAACCUUUGGUUUGGAUGACAUAUCUCUCCACCUGGUUGCUCUGGAAAUGAAAAAUAAACAUUUCAACACUAGUAUGGAGUCCCAGGAGACCCAGAGGUACCAACAAGAUGACUGGGUGCUGGCUCGGUUGUAUCGCACUGGAACCCGGGUUGGCUCUAUAGGUUUUGACUACAUGAAGUGCUGCUUUACCUCUCAUCACAGUCGAUGCAAACAACAGAAAGAUAUACUUGAUGAAACUGCUGCCAAAGCCAAGGAAGUUCUGUUAAAAAUCCUGAGACUCUCCAUUCCUCAUCCUUAGGAAGGUUUAGACAACUGGAGUCUUCUCCCCAGCCCUGUACCCCAUGUGUACCCCCAGUUGAGAUAACACCCCUCUCCCCCACGCCAUGGGGUCCAAGUUCCUUGAGGUUACUAGGCCGACUGUCUUAAUGGGUAUCCCUCUCGUGAGACACCAUAAUGGGUUUUGCUAACUGAAUUACCUGGGAUCUGACUAUAGGAUAAGUUUCCCUGUUCUAAUUGUUUGGAAUGCCAUGUUUGACACAUGCUCACCUUAGCGCCAACGACGAGGGGCCUCUUGGUCUACUCCUGUCUCUUUUUGUCUCUUUUCGUCCUUGACUCUGGAGAUGGAGUAUCUCUUAGGGAAUGGGGAAGAGCUUGUCUUUGGCUAUUGUCUGAAAAACGUGGCCAGCAGAGGCCUGUUCUCCAACCCCUCCUCUGAUGUGUAAAGAGGAGAGGGGCAUUAACUCCGGCAUUACUAGUAAUAGGAUUCACACAGUGCUGAAGAGAAUGAUUCUCAGCACCCUACACUACCCUUGAUGGUGUCAAUGGUAUCAUGAUUAGUCCUGGCCCUUCACACUCUGGGCUCUCAGUCUUAUAUUGGACUUCAACUUCUUCAGCAGCCCCUAAUUCUGCAGGCUGCACCUCCAUCCAGACACACAAGGACCCUUCUCCCUUUGCCAUGAAGCACUCACAUUUGAAUCUGUGUGUGUGACUUUGCAUUUAAGACAGGUGCCGCUCCGUGUUCUGUCAUGCUCCUUUCUCUCAGCCCUGCUUUCGAUAGAUAUCAGUACUGUCAGCCCAACUUCCCUAGCGGUCUCAGGCCUCUGUCCUCCCCUUCUCCCCUUUCACCUCUUUGGCACAAUGUUAAAUGCUUUCUUUCUUUUUUCUCUGUGUAGCCCUGGCUGUCCUGGAACUCACUCUGUAGACCAGGCUGGCCUCAAACUCAGAAAUCCACCUGCCUCUGCCAACUGUUACCAGCAUCACACCGGAGCGUUUAGUUUGGGCUCAUAGUUUGCUAGUACAGUCCAUCACAGCUGAAAGUCAUCACAGUGGGAGCACAGAGCAGCUGAUCCCGUGUGUCCGCUAUCAGGGAGCAGAGAGAGAUGAAUAGGGCUCUUUGGCACACAUUCUCCUUUUCAUUCAGCCCAAGACCAGCCUAUAGAAUGAUAUCAUCCACGUUCAGAGUGGGUCUUCCAACCUUCAUGAACCAAGUCCAGAGACUCCUUCAUAGACACGCCCAAAGGUCUCUUUGCAUAGUGAUUCUAGAUCCUGCCAACCUGCCAACCAAUAUUAACUACACAGGCACUCAGGGGAUCUAGGACUUUUAUUGGUUAAUAGUGGGAAGAAGGUUGGGUGUGGCUUAGUAGUACAAUGUUUUCCUAGCACAUGGAAGGCUAUGGUUUUGAUACCUAGAAAGAAACAAAAUCUGUUCUGAAAUGGAAGGAAAAUGCCAAUUAUAUUUGUUGAGAAAAUACAAUUAAAUUAUAUUAUUGGCACAGGCACUUCAAAAAAAGAAUCACUUAAAUGUAAAAGGUGGGUUUACUGUAUAUGCUGUGGGUAAGGAUAGGAUGGACUAAGAAGUCUCACGAUGGUGGGAUUGGGGGUGAGCCAAGUUCUGCUAAGACUCACCUUCCACCUGCUUGUUCUUUGGUUAAUGUGGUGCCAUGGAAGUCACAGGAGAGGUCUGCAAAGAAACCGCAGAGGUUUUGUCUGUCGUCCUUAUGACAUUCGUGUGUACUCAGAAAUAAUUCCUGAGGUCAAGGUUAUGGCAUAGAUGCUGCUCCGCAAUGUCAGCUGUAAAUAAGAAAGCGAGUUUGCUCUUUAAAAGCUCGCCUGAGGUUGUAUGUGUUGGUCACAGGGUAUCUCACCUGGCCCCAGCACUGAGGAAACUGUGAUCUCACUGUUGGCCGGGCUGGAGAAGCAGGGUGUGAAUUCUCUCCGUGUCUUAGGUCAUAGACAUAGAUUUUCUCUUUGCUGGUUGUAUGUACAUACCUAUCUAUAUACAGAUACAGAAGUAUAUGUACACAGAUAUUAUAUAUUCAUCACACACAUUUAUUAUGCAUUGUAUGUAACAUACAUGUAGUGUUGAUCUUUGUGAUGGAAUAAAUAAUCACAGUAUAUUAUAUAAAUAGA